AUGUUUCCGGUGAGACUAAACCGAGAGCACGAUCGAAGUCGCAAAAUCCGAACCACGUCGACCUCGAUCUCCAAACCUGCCAGAAACCCCAAGCGUUCCUCGCAAGGAUCCACCCGCCCGCCAACCAAGGAUCGCGAGCCCGCCCCGGCUGGUUCCUCCACUACAUCGUCGUCGACGACACAUAGCGCUCCCCCACGCCGGUCCUCGAUGCCGGGCGUCGACACCGCGAGCCGAUCGGGGACGGCCUCGUUCCUCGAGUCGAGGUCCAGCUUGCCAUACCCGUCCUUUUCGAAGGCUCACAGCAAGGAAGAUGUCCGCAAAGCCAAUAUCCCCACCCCGGAUCCGACCGACUUGACCGACCAGAAAGAGAACGACAAGGCCAAUAAUAACACACAGCAUGCCCGCACGGAUAACCAGCAUGCGCCGCCUAGCCCGCCGUUGACAGGGCUCGAUCAGUCCUCGCGCAAAGGGAGCGCGGUCGGGGACCAGGAUGAGAAGGAGAAGGAGAAGCCCAAGGCCAAGAAAACAAACGUCAAGAUAAGAGCCGAGGUCAACAGGUCAUCGUCGAGUCUUCGCUCCAAGCGGGACGAGAGCACCAAAUCAAGCAAGACGGCGCACGCAGAUACAUCCCCAAAGACCAAAUCCAAACCCGUCAAAGAAGAGAAGGAAGUACCGCCGCGCACUAGCCACAAGCCGUCGAAAUCCAAGCUCUCCGACGAGAAGAAGCUGCCCAAACGAUCCAGCCGCUCGACCAUGUCCCCCUCGCGCUCGAAUGUGACAGUCCGUGAUGUGGGUGCCGAGUCGACCACCGGAUCCGAUGCUACUUCGGUUGCCCCGAACCAGCAGUACACCGUCCCACGGAAGCCAAUGACGCCGCCCUCGAAGCCUCCUUCUCGCAACCAGAUCCGGUCGUCUACAUCUCAUCGCCGCACUCCUAGUAACGAGUCAAUCGAGUAUGGGAAACCCGUGACACCAGGCCCGGCGUACGGAGCACCCCCGCCCCCUCCACCUCCGCCCGAAGUCCCCGUUUCUAUUCCCCGAGUCGAUUAUUUGCUGAAGCAUGGUGGGCUGGAGCAUCGGGUGCCCAGGACAUUGCUCGUGGGACACGGCCAGGUCGAUUCAUCCACGCAGCAGCCAGCUCAGUCCCAGCAUGCGGCUGCCAGGUUCUUCGACCCAUUCAAUCGUCUACUAGAUGAUUAUCAGAAAGUCAUGAAUAAAAGUGGUUCCCUUGCGGUGGCGACGGGAUACCGAUCAGUCGCUCGCCGAUUGCUCGACCGCCUCGAGGCUGUUUUUGCGCGGGACAUCUCGUCCGAGCCGUGCAACUGUCUCAUGUGUGAGCGUGGAGAGACAGUGGAUCGCCCGGACGGCGUGAGUUGGGGCGAAGUCCUUGAACUUGUGUCUGGCCGUCGCGAACUGCCCAUGUGGCCCCCGUUUAUGAUGGCACCAUCUGCAGCAGACGCAGGCGUGCCGGGAGACGAACACGUCCCGAUGCAGAAGCUCGAUGUGGAUGUCCCUGAGGAAUUCCGCGAGCACUACAUGCGCCAGUCCCGGAAGACUAAAGUCGCUGUUGAUAAGUGGCUUUCCGAGCAGACAGACUCAGCCAGCAGCGCGCCCGACGAGGUGGAUGACGAGACCCUGACCUUUGCCAUGCUCACUCACCUCGAAUCUCAUCAGCGAUCGCUGUUCUGUUCAUUGCUCGGCAUCAACUCCUCGACUCCCGUGCCACGAUCUGACGAUGAACCGCCCCGUCCAAAGCCAUCGGCUCUUGUCUUUUCUGGGCUGGCUAUCCAGCGACUUUACCGUCUCCCGUCCCUGCCGCGCGACCCGGAGACUGCCAUGUACAUGCUCAACCACCCAGAACUGCAUCAUGUGCUGGCCACCCUCUCGGCCAUCAGUGAUGACGAAUGGGAAAUUCUUAUUUCGGGCCGAUUCGAUGGUUUCCUUCGCAGCGGCGCUGAGGAUGCUGUCCCCUCCGCCGGCGGACCUAACUCCCGCUGGAAUGCCAACCGCUCCAACACCCCCUUCAGCACGGGCGGCAUUUCCCGCGGGUCCACUCCCAACUAUAUGGACGCCAGCUUCCGACCCGCCAGCCAGCCAAAUGGCGGCGGAUCAUCCCCCGCAUCCUUCGGCGGGCCGAUCGCCCUAGACGAAGAGACCGAGAUCGCCGCGCUAGCGGAAGUGGAGCGUGAUAUCUUCCUGGGCAUGGAAGCCCUCGAAGAUGCAUUCGAGGCUCUGCAUUGCAAAGCAGAGGUUGUGCGCCGGGCUCUGCGUGAACGCGGCGCCGGGCUGUCGGUUGCCAACCAGAGCCGACGUGGCUCCUACCCAGAGGCGCGUAUGGGCACUCCGUUCUCGGGGGUGAAUGCCUGGGAGAGCGGCGGCGAAGAUGACUUCCUUGAUGACGACCGCUCUCUGGCGCCCGAUGACUCGGCCAGUAAUAUCAGCUCCAACCGUCGGCGCCGCCCGAAGCGGCGAACUGAGCGACGUACCCCGGCUCCGGUCGAAGAGGAGGACGAGGAAGAGGACCGGUCGCAUGCUGGCCGUCGGGAUGCACGGAACUCGCGCCGGAGGUAA